AUGUUCGACCCCGUCACAAAGUACGCCCAUAAUGUAUGGGAAGAGGAAGAGGGUAUACAUAACAACAAGUCUCUCCCGUCUGGUAUAUUUGUCUUCCAUAUCCGCAUUCGCCAUGUUGUUACUUGGUUUAAUACAACGCAAGAAGAUGCCAUGACUAUAAUUAAUCAGGUGCUUUCUCCUUUGGGAAUCCCUUCUGGAGCCAUGCCACCGAUGAUUCGGGACGUCUCGUCGUUUGCUCGGAUAGUGGCUGCAAAAUGUUUUGAAGCUGGCCGGAGUUAG